AUGAGUGAGGAGGAACUACGACAAAUCAUACCGACACAAUGGCACCAGUACCUCGAAUUAUUCAAGGUAGAAAGAGCAAGAAGACUACCACCAAGAAGAGAAUGUGACCACGAAAUCGAAUUAGUAUCAGGGGCUGAACUGAAACCAGGACCAAUCUACCAACUGGACGAGCAUGGGGAUGCUUUCCUGAAGCAGUGGAUCAAUGAUGGACUGACUAGUGGACAUCUGCGAAGAAGUAAAUCGCCCUAUGGGUCCCCAGUAUUCCUGGUCCCCAAGAAAGGAGUCAUUCCCUAUCGAGUAGUUACAGAUUACCGGGCACUUAACAAGGUAACCAUCAAGGAUUCGUACCCAAUGCCACUUAUCUCGACCUUACUCGAUCGACUUCAAUUGGGAAAGGUGUUUACCAAACUCGACCUGAAAGGGGCCUAUCAGUUAGUUCGAAUAAAAGAAGGAGAUGAACAUAAAGCUGCUCUACGAACACGAUACGGUAGUUUUGAAAGCACUGUUCUACGGGAUGGAUUAUGCAACGCACCAGCCACCUUUCAAAACUUCCUGCAGGAUAUGUUCCACGACCUGUUAGAUGAAGGAGUGGUAGUUUACAUAGACGACAUCACGGUAUACUCAGACACGAUCGAAAACCAUCAGAUAAUUGUCCAAAAGGUAUUGGACCGAUUACUUGAAAACGACUUGGUUGUUAGCCCGAGGAAGUGUGAAUGGAGUCGCGACGAAGUGAAGUUUCUGGGGUAUGUAAUCGGACACGAACGGAUCGAAAUGGAUCAAGACAAGGUGAAAGCCAUUCUAGAAUGGGGAGAACCAAUGACAGUCCGAGAUACUCAGGUUUUUCUAGGAUUUGCCAAUUUCUAUCGACGGUUCAUCAAAGGAUUCUCACAUAUUGUGGGUCCUCUUACCCGUCUGACCAGGAAGGAUCAGGCUUGGAAUUGGACAGAGGAAUGUCAAAAAGCUUUUGAAAAUUUGAAGAAAACUUUCACGACAGCACCGGUACUUCGACAUUUCGAUAGAACCCGACCAACCUGGAUCGAAACCGAUGGAUCUGACUGUGCGAUAGGUGCAAUAGCGUCCCAAAGGUUCCCUCAUCCAUCGAUAAAAGGGACCACGGAACUUCAUCCGGUUGCGUAUUGGUCUCGAGCAAUGACACCCUGCGAAUUAAACUACACAGUGGGAGAGAAGGAACUACUAGCCAUUGUGGACUGCUUGGUAGCAUGGAGACCUUACUUAGCGAACAGUAGUGAUGUCAUAAAGGUCAUUACGGAUCACAAGAACCUGGAGUACUUCCAAAGUAAGCGACAACUGAAUCGAAGACAAAUGAGGUGGCUGGAAAUCUUAGGAGACUUCAACAUAGAGAUCACUUAUCGACCAGGUAGCAAAAAUGGGGGAGCAGAUGCUUUAACAAGACGAGGGGAUUAUCACCCGGGAAAAGGAAGUAGUAAGGACCCAGAUCUAAACAAAGGAAACUGGCUACAAUUGCUACCCACAUACGAGAAACAUGGAUCGAAUUCGAUAGACUCAGAAACCCGACACAUAACACAUAGUACACAGGACACACAGACACAUAGUACACAGGACACACAGACACAUAGCACACAGGACACACAGAAGACACAGAUUAGCAACGAGGCACCGGUGGUAUCAUGGACUCAAAGCGGAUUGCUCUUGUACAAGAAUAGAGUAGUCAUACCAGAGGGACAAGCAAGGUUAGAAGUAAUGAAAGCAAGACACGAUUCGAUACUAGUAGGUCAUCCAGGAAGAGACAAAACUAUCACCAUGGUCAAAGAGGACUAUUACUGGCCACAUUUGGACGAAUAUAUUGCCAAAUACGUAAAAGGAUGCGAGAUCUGUAACCGACAUAAGACUCAUCGACAUCAGCCGUAUGGACAUCUAGUCUCUUUACCAGUACCCACACUCCCCUGGACAGAUAUCUCUAUGGAUAUGGUGGGACCCCUGCCAAAAUCGACCGAGUUCGACGCGAUACUAGUGAUAGUCGAUCGACUAACCAAGAUGGCUAGAUUCAUUCCAUGUACAACUGGACUAACAGCGAACAAAGUGGCCGACAUCUACAUCAAGGAGAUCUUUUCAAAACAUGGAGUACCUCGAACAAUUGUAUCAGAUAGGGGAACUCAGUUUACAGCAGAAAUUUGGAAGGAAAUAUGUCAGUUCUUGGGAAUAAAGAACUUAUAUUCGACUGCGUAUCACCCUCAAACAGAUGGACAGACUGAGCGAGUAAAUCAACAGAUGGAAAUCCUGCUUGGAAUGUAUGUAAACUACAACAUGGACAAUUGGGAUCAACUUCUACCAAUUGCUGAGUUCGCUUAUAACUGUUCGCCACAUAGUAGCCACGGUCUGUGUCCUUUUGAAGCUUGUUACGGCUAUGUGCCACACUACGACAUCCAUUCGCACGAUAUUCGAUCAAAGUCAAACAAGUUGGAGAAGAAAUGGAGAGAUAUGGGAGAGUUGCAUGCGACUGUUCAAGAACAGGUCAGGAUGGCGAAUGAAAUUAGUGCAGAGUACUACAACAGGAGACACAAGAGCAUACCAGAAGAAUUCAGAAAGGGAGAACAGGUACUACUAAGUACAAAGUAUCUUACGACGGAACGACCCAGUCGAAAACUAGAAGCAAAAUACAUUGGCCCAUUCAAGGUCAUAAGGAAAGUUGGAAAAAAUGCUUUCGAAUUAGAUCUACCUCCAGCAAUGAAGGUGCACAAUGUCUUCAAUGUCACGCUGUUGGAACCAUAUCCCAAGGAUAUGAUACCAGGUCGACAGAUACCACCCCCACCGCCUGUAGUAAUUAACGGCCAGGAUGAAUUCCAUGUGGAAGCAAUCGUGGACAGCAGAAUUCGACGAGGAAAGGAAGAAUUCAAGGUAAAAUGGUUAGGAUACACAGGAAAUGCGGCCUAUGACUGGGAACCACGAGAAAAUGUGGAAGAGUUGGCCGUUUUUGGUGAAUUUUUGGAAAAAAGGAAGAGGGACCCCAGAAGAAAGUGA